UAGACGAGCUAAUCUUCAUACAGCACACCGAUUUAUUACAUAGGAGUCAUCGAAAGGUUAUAAGCGAUAUAUUUGAUAGCAUUUGGUGUCUAUUUAAUUUACAGCAUGCCAAACUCAAAUCUCUUUCGAUUUGAGCCGAGAAACUCUAGGUACUAGGAGGUAGUCUAGUUUAUAGUGAUAAUGUCACCAACCACACUGCUCCGUCUCGCAACGCUGGUAUUUGCGACAACUUCGCUUGCCCUUAAUAACGCUGACUUACCAGAUGGAUUCGGUCCAAAUCUCGACAGUGCCCGCGAGAACGGCCCCCAGAUAUUCAACGCCCUUCAUAAUGCGAUGCGCGAGUUUGGGUCGGCUUUACAUCACAAUGGAAUGUCUCUAUUUCCAGCAGUGAUACCCGAAGGUGUGCUCUUGUAUCAUGGAACCAACACCAAAGAAGUACCUAAGGGGUUUGAGUGGCUUGCAUUUGAAAUAGAGCAUGCGGAAUCGUUUGCUCGUUGUCGAGGACCGCCCCGGAAGAACGCCGUUGGGGAUCAGAGCCUAGGUCCCUUGGCAUUUGCUAUGCAUCCUCCUCCACCGCCGGACAAGGGCCGGCGACCUGGAUGUCCCCCACACUCCCCAGCAGGCCACUUGCACAUCUACCAGGCUUCACGGCCGCUGAAUGUCCUUUACAUCGACGGCAUGGCGGCUGGUAAGACAGUCAUGGGUACGGUUGACACCCAGGAUAUCUUGCUGGUAGCUAAUAGAAGUCGGUCCUCAUUUAGUGAAUGGGAGAGGGCCGAUGGCCUGUGCGCAUUGGCUCGGAAGUGGAAGAUAGAUGGGUUUAUACGUAUGGAACCUGGUUUCGAGGUCAUCUACUGCGAUUUCUCAGAUGGGUUAAGACUCGUAUCAGCCAACCAGCGGCCGGCGACAGAAGAGCCUGGUGAUCUGGAUGACAUGCAAAUCGCAAUGUUUGAGUGGGCAAGGGCGGCUUCCCAGAGAUACCAAGACAUCGGUUCGUCCCGUGUGAUACUUGAUUAUUCUUCCGUGGUCUCUGCUUUCUUCUAUCCGAUUAAUUUGACAAACCCGGACCCGAAGAGACCCGAUCUGCCCCGAUUAACACAGGCUAGCGACGCAGAGAUGAGUGCCGUGAGGGAACAGGUUGGCGAGUCGGUGCUUCGGUCGGUAUCGUCCCGAAAAGCUCCUAUGGACUGGCAGGGGGUAACGGAUAUGAUUGUUACUCGAUACGCCAAGCGGUUACCCUUCAUUGCCCAGACGGAUUCGAUCGAUGUCAUGAGGAACGAAAUAAAUGGCCUCCUUAACAUCUUUAUCGACUACGCAGAGACCGACAACGGAUUCUUAGCUGCGCAAAAACGCUGUGCACAGUUCUUUCUUCAGCCUGCUCGCGUACGAACGCUGCAAGAUGAGCUCAUACACGGGGCAAUUGAGAGAACUACUGCCACGAUCUGCACGGCGUUAUUUAAGACGCGGCAGCUUAUCGUUGAAGACCCGGAUGCUGAUGAACAGUUAGCAGUAGAUGCGGCGAAGCAGAUUAUCCACGACCUAAUGGGAACACUGCGUUGGCCAGAAUGGAAGGAAUGUGGCCCUUGCCAAGCAGACGAGUUAUGCUUCGUCGCGAUGUGGCCUUUCGGAAAUGUCGAGGACCAUUAUAACCCCAGCUGUCUGAACUACUCUGCUGUCAGCGGCCGCCACGAUUACUGGCAGGAACGGCCACCGCCGCUUUGUUUGAACGGACAGCCGUGUCCAAAAUAUGACGACGUGAGGAAUGAAGAAUUAUGAUGACAAGGUCUAGUUAGUAUCGAAGGAAAUAGGUGUUUCAAGCCACGGCGAGCUAGGCGAUCGAUAUAAAGCCUAGGAGGCUAGGUAACUUUAGCAGUUGAGCGACGAGACUAUUUUCUAUAUUUCUUAUAGGGUAGGACAUCUGGCUUUUUACACGAGAUAUCCCAAAAUUAUUUUCUCAUUGUUGGUUUCGUAUAUUAGCAGCCGGCGAGGCAACUUAGGUACCUAAGCUGUGUAGGGACUGACUGAUUUUUGGCACAAGAAAUUGGAGUAGCAUCAAUUCAGUCAAUACAAUCGCUAUACCACUAAUCCAGAUUCGCAGUGCCUCGCACAAUAAUGCAACCGUAAC